GAGGCAAAGCGGCGGGGAAGGAGCUGCGCCUGCCGGACUCUGGGGAGGCUGACCGCUCAGCUGGACGGGAUGUGCUCCAUGGCGCUGGCCGGCUACGCUUCUCCUUCCUGCAGCAGCAAACGUCUGGAGGCAGCAGGAGCGUCCAGCAGAUAGAGGUUUGGUUUGAAGAGAAGCAGCAGGUCCCAUGGAGGAAGACACGGUGAGCCGGGCGCUGGCCGGGUUCAGGGUCACGCUGGACGCCGCCAUCAGGGAGGUCCACGUGGACGUCAGUGCCUUCAAGCAGCAGGUGGAGCACCGCAUGGACGAGCUGCGGGCGUCCAACCGGCCGCUGAGCGACGCCGUGGCCCGGCUGCAGGAGGAGAACCUGCAGCUGCGGGCCCGGCUGGACGCCCUGACCCGCGCCUUGGGGGAGCUGGCCGGGGCCCCCGGCCCGGAGAACGGCCACGACAAGGCCGGGCCGUCGGACUGGGGCGCACCAGAACCCGGCUGGGGCGGGUCUGGACACGCUGAGGCGCCGGGACUGGGCAGCGACAACCCGGAUCCGGCUCCCUGGAGACAGAAGAGACACGCAGACACAAACGGCAUAAUUGCUAAAGGAAGCAGGAGUAACUGUGAAGAAGCUGCGGCUGACCAGGAGAAAGAGACUGAAGCACUCCUCUCCAUGCAGAGCAGUUACCACGGAGUUACAUCUGAAAGCUGCCAUGAAGCCACGCCCCUUUCUCACCUGGUCUCCGAAACCCUCAGCUCACCUGGUCAGUUCGUGUUUCUUCAUCCUCCUGCUGCAGACCAGGAAGAGUCGGGUCCGUUGACCAAACCGCAUCUUCCUCUCAGUGCUAUGACAAAAACCAACUCGGAUGCUCCAGUGAGCACGCCGUCUCCCACUGCUGUGGCCAAAACCAGCAAGGAAUCCCAGUCCAAACCAGUGGAGCCGACUGGAAUCAGCGACUCUUAUGAGCCGCAGCCCCACCUGCCCGUCACAGCCAUGACCACCAAGCCCGGCCUGGAGGGAUUCCUCGGCGCCAAACCCGUUUACUCUCCAGCUUCAGGGCGGAAAGCCGCAGCAGAUCAUUUACUUAUCGGAGGCGCUCCUGGGGCAAAGGAUCUGAUCGCCCAGAAUCCCCAGGAUCCGUCCGACUCUGAGGCUUCGUCCCAUCUUCCCAUCUCUGCUGCCACCAGAAUCCCGUCAGAAGUUUCCGCAGCGCCAAAGUCUGAUCAGGCCGCUGCGUCUCGCCUCAAUCCUACAGUGCAGGAAGCGCCAGCGGCGCCGAAGCAAACAGAUCAUCCAGUCAGACACGACGUUAACGAACCCAAACACCACCUGCCGCUUUCCGCCAUCACCAAGCCGAACACACAGUCGGCCAUUUCUGCUCCGUCUCAGGCUCUGUCAGCAUCACUGGACCUCACUGUGAAACCAGGGGAAUAUCCCUUUAAACGAGCGCCGGUUCUGAAGACGCCCAGUCCCAGUUUAAAACGGAGCGUGAGUUUUCCUCAGCCUGCAGAAAAACUCCUUCCCUCCAAAACCUUCAUGAAGUCCGGACUCUCACCCAAACUGGACCCCCGGUCGAACAAGUCUGGAGGUAUCGAGUUUAAACCGGAGGUGAUGAAAUCCCAAACCCUUCCGCGCUCCAACGGCGCCCAAGCCAAACGGGCCCUGUUUGAGCGGAUGAACUCUGACCCCAUAAAGCCGAAGGACUCCAAGCCCAAACUGAAGCGCUCCCAGAGCUUCGGCGUGUCGAGCGCCAGCGGGAUAAAGCAGAUCCUUCUGGAGUGGUGUCGCUCCAAAACCAUCGGCUACAAGAACAUAGACAUCCAGAACUUCUCCUCCAGCUGGAGCGACGGCAUGGCUUUCUGCGCUCUGGUCCACUCUUUCUUCCCGUUGGAGUUCGACUACAACGCUCUGAAUCCGGUGAACCGCAGACAGAACCUGCAGACGGCCUUCACUAUAGCGGAGCAGCAGGCGGAUUGUCUGCGGCUGAUCGAGGUGGACGACAUGCUGGACAUGGGGGACAAGCCGGACCCCAUGUGUGUGUUCACCUACGUCCAGUCGCUCUACAACCACCUGAAGAAGUUUGAGUAGCUCUGGCUAGUUUCACGCAGAGUGAGUGUGUUCACCAGCUGACUGAGUGUGUGUGUGUGUGUGUAGCGGGCCCUGCGAUCUGAAGAUGAAUAUCUGAUGGGAGAGAGGAUGUCGCCAUCUGCUGGUGGAGCAAAGGAACGUUGUAGUUGAAAUUAGUUGGUUGACUUAACAAACUCCGGUUUGAAGUGUUUCAAACCAGAAACACUGAGGUGAGGAAAAUCAACCCUAGUCUAGAAUAGGGUUGAGAAUGAAAAAAGAGGAGUUUUUCUGUUUCCCAAUAUAUAAACGUAGUUUCCUUCCUUCCUUUUUCCUUCUAGUCUUCCUUCAUUCUAGCGUUCCAUCUAUUCUUCUUUUCUUCCUGUCAUCUUUCCUUCAUUUCUUUCUUCUACCCUUCCUUCUUUGGUUUCUUCCUCGUACCCUACAUGUCUUCCUUCCUUCCUUCUUUGUAUGCUUCUUUCCACCAAUUCUUCCUUCCUUCCUUCCUUCCCUUUGUCAUCUUUCUUCCUUCUUUGUGUACUUCGCACACUUCCUUCCUCCUUUCUUUUCUUCUUGUCUCUCUUCUUUCUGUUUCCUUUCCCUCCUGUCAUUGUGUCCUCUCCUCCUUCUAUCUCUACUACCUUGUGUCCUUCCUUCCGGUUCCCUGCUGUAGAAAUAUCUGCCAUAGAUUAACACUGAAGUUUUUUUAUUUUAUAUUUUAGAAAGAAGGUUAAGGACUGGGAACUCUGGAAAAGUCUGGAACUUUUACAUGGAAAUGUGUAGCUGCCUGAGUUUUAAUCUAAUUAAAGUUUGUGCACUAUGAAAAGAAAUAAAAUAAACAUAAAACACAUAAAAUCAUAGAUGUUUUAUUUAUUUUAGAUCAUUUGAGGUAUUUUUAGAUUCAUUUACCACUUAAAAACAACAGAAAAGGGAUGUGAUGAAAGGAAAUUUAAGAAAAUGUUUGAAUAAACAACCAACAAAUAAAGUGAGAAGAUGGAGUCGGAGGGAACACUUUAAAACUUAAGAAUCUGUUUAGUAUGGAAGCCCAUUCCUGCCACAGAAGAAAAAAUAAAAGCCAAGCAGCCCUUCAUAA